UCAUGGAAGAAUACGUUCAGACUUAUUCCUCCAUAUUGCAAUGGUGUAUACAGUUGUCUCUCCUCCAAUUUGAGACUCCUGCACCACUUUUUCAAAGUACCAACCAUCUAAUAAUUUAUUUACACAAAGCUAACACUAAAGUUGGAGACUGAGACUACCCCAAGUUGUCAGAUCCCAAAGGUGAUGCUAUUUUCCUUCUACCACUACCGUCGAUGACCAUGCGGUUUACGAUGCUUAUUAAUUGUGUACAGACACCUUCUACCAAAAAUCACAUUCUAUUCUGGUAACCGACAAAAAUACAUACGGUAUUUAAACUUUAAGAAUGAAUUACACGACCUAAUGUUAUAUCUCCAGCUAGCUUCAGCUUCUGAACUUUAUCAGCGUUUUAUGAUGUUUAUCCCUUUUAUAUAGAGUUAGUGCCUCUAUUACAUUAUUGGACCUCUAACCUGAACAAACUGAUUACAUCAACGCGUCGCGGUUUCCUAUCUUGUUUACCACACAAUACAUAGGUAGCAAAACGUGAAAAUGGGUUUGGAAAACAGAUUAUCGUCUGCCGAAUAUGAUUUUAAACGCGGAGAGAAGAAAGGAAAUCUUUGUAAGAUCAGCAAAGACUCUGUUCUGCUAAUUCUUUUAAUUUCAUCUGUAAUCUUAGGCUUCUUUUUUGGUUGGUUAUUCGGCAGCUUGUUUGAUUUCACCCCAGAACAAAUUGAUUACAUAUCGUUUCCUGGUGAUAUUUUUAUGAGUAUGUUAAAAAUGAUGAUUCUGCCGCUGAUUUUCUCCAGUUUGGUGUCCAGUCUAGCAUCUCUGGACUCAUCGAUGUCCGGCAAGCUGGGCAUCAGGGCGGUUGUGUACUACGUUUCAACAACUAUCAUUGCCGUUUUUCUUGGAAUCUUGUUGGUCUUAACUAUAAGACCUGGUGAAAUCAGCGGAAAAGUGAGUGAGAACACAGAAGAGGAGCAAUCUGUUGGAACAGCUUAUGCUUUCAUGGACCUAAUCAGGAGCAUGUUCCCGUCAAACUUGGUAGAAGCCACUUUCAGAACUUACAAAACUGAUGUUCAAGAAGAACCAAUAGAAGCAGUAAGCUCUGAAGAUCUCUCAAACGUGAUGCUCAAUUCUGGUGUUUCCAUUGCAUCUUCACUCGUCGCCAUCAAUGGCAGUUUGUUCAUUAUUGGCAACAAGAUGGUACAGUUCAAUAGCAGUCGUCUGUCUAAUUCUGAAGUAAAAAGUGAUAUGGCACUAUUUCUACAAGAGGUCGACUCGAGUUUAAUGAUGAUAGACAACGUUCAGAAAGACCUGUCCCCAUCAACCACCGCACUGAAGUUACUAAUGAACCAUACGUCAGCAAAGAGUUCAUUGCUGCAGAUGCAGGUAGAUGGACUGACAACUGAUCCUGUGAGUGAGUCUGAGAUGGAGAUGCUGAGCAAUGAAACGACUAGCUUAUCAACGAUGUUGGUAUCAACUACGCGCGAGAUGGUUAGAUUGGUUGGCAUGUCGUCUGCCUCUGCAGGAACCAUGGAAGAAGCUGCUCUUGCUAUGAGUUCAGCACUCAGCGGAAUCAACCAGAUGUUCUUUAUGAUCGACUACCACAAGAUCAACCAGAUCAUGAUAGAUAUGAAUGAUCUCAGUGGAGAGUUGAUUGACGCUAUCAGAAAAAGCGAUACAAACUCCUCCUUCGUUGAAAUCAAUUCCAUCAUGACGAUCAUGAUGAAUAUGACGGUGACGUCAAUGCACGUCCUGGACAUCAAGAGCACAUUAAACCUAAAUGACCUAACAAUGAGUCUAAUGCGCAUGACUGUAGAUGUACUGUAUUUAAUGGACACAGAAAAAUUGAACAGCUAUGAGAUCGUGACAGAGAUGAAUUACAUUCUAAAGAGAAUGAACACCAUUAUGAUUGAACUUUCAACACUUAGCACUGCACCUUUAACCGGUGAUUUAGAUGAACUUAACCAAAUCGCAUCUCUUGCAAAAGCGAUUCAUGAACUUGCCGACACGAUGGCGACAGUCGUAACUACUGGAAUGGAUUAUGUCAUUUUCCACCGCUCUAACGCCACAGUAACAACUGUUUAUGUAGGUGUUAUGUCUGACAGUAUGAACAUCUUAGGAAUAGUGGUCUUUGCCAUUGCGUUUGGUGUAUCUGUUGCACGUGUUGGAGAAGAUGGACGUACUGUUAUAAAGUUUUUCAGUGCCACGAAUGAAGCAAUUAUGAAAUUAGUUACGGUGAUUAUGUGGUAUGCUCCGAUUGGCAUCCUUUUCUUGAUAACAGGAAGUAUGAUUGAAGUUGAAGACUGGGAAGAGUUGUUCACAAAACUUGGAGCAUACAUGGGAACAGUUGUAGCUGGCCUAGCCAUACACGGAUUCAUAAUUCUACCUCUAUUGUACUUUGCGUUCACACGGAAAAAUCCUUACAAAUUCCUUAUAAACGUUUCUUCAGCUUUCGUAACAGCUCUCGGAACAUCAUCAAGUUCUGCAACGUUGCCUGUAACAACACGAUGUCUCGAAGAGAAGAACGGCAUCGACAAACAAAUAACUCGCUUCAUGCUUCCCAUUGGCGCAACCAUCAAUAUGGACGGUACGGCGCUGUAUGAGGCAGUUGCUGCUAUUUUUAUUGCACAAAUGAAUGGUAUUCCACUAAAUGUUGGACAGAUAAUCACCAUCAGUCUGACGUCUACGUUUGCCAGUAUUGGAGCUGCCGGGAUUCCUCAAGCUGGUUUGGUAACCAUGGUGAUUGUACUCACAGCUGUUAACCUACCAACCAACGACAUUGCUCUGAUUUUGGCUGUUGAUUUCAUUUUGGAUCGUCUCCGAACAGUGGUCAAUGUAGAGGGCGAUUCAAUUGGUGCAGGAAUUGUUGACCACUUGACACAAGGCAAUGAAAGCUGUGAAGUACAUAGCAAUAAAGGUUUUGAGGAGACUGAACUACAAACAGGUGGUAAAGUGAAUGAAAGUGAUCUGCCAGAUAAAGUGAUAGUAAAUGGAUCAAGACUGUAAAAAGAUAAACACAUAAAAAGUAAAAAAGACAACAUUGUGCAUACAUUACCAAAAUGCUAUCAGUUAUGCUGUAACUAUUUUAAUGAUAUUUGUAAAACACAUUCAUAAAAUACAAUUAAUUACUUGCACAUUAACAUGUUUAAAAUUUACAGUUUUCUUACAAUAUUAAUAAUUUAAUACAAAAAAAAAUCCAAAAAAAUUACUUAUAGAAAUACAGGUCUCCCUCCACUUUUCCAUGGUAUUUACCAGCUUUAGUCUCCAAUUAGAAUAAUAAAAAUAAGGCCAUAUUAAUUUAAUUAUUUGUCUCAAAGCUCUCCAGUUUCCAAAAACCUAAUGCUGAAUGCAGUUUAAAAAAAAAAAAAAAUUUAAAUAUGUUUUAAUAAAAGUAUUUCUAUUGUUGAACUGAAUUUGAAAAGGUCUGUUGCAGGACUCUCUUCACUUAAGAAUUAUAGUGUGUCAACACACAACAUAUUGUAGGCUAUUAAAGGGGGUUAAAAUUCAAGCGAGAC